AUGGCAACAUGGGCUAUAGUCUCGGCUUCCACUGCUCUGACAAAAAGUUACAUUGGCCUUCUCCUUGUCCGAUUCUUUUUAGGCGUCACCAAGGCGCCAUUCUAUCCAGGCGCAUUAUUUCUCCUGUCUGUUUUCUACACGCGCAAGGAGAUCGCUCUCCGUAUCUCCAUCCUAUAUACUGGCAAUAUUGUCGCCACUGCUGUGGCUGGUCUAAUUGCAGCUGCAACUUUUGCGACUCUGGACCAACAUAUGCAUCUCAAAGGAUGGCAGUGGCUUUUCAUCAUCGAGGGUGCAGUUACAUUUGGUAUUGCAGGUCUUGGCAUCUUCAUGCUGCCCAAUCACCCACUCACAACAUGGUGGCUGACUCCGGAAGAGCGCCAACUUGCCCACGACCGGAUUCAAAGGGACACCGUCAACAGCGAGGAGUCUAAGGGCGAUCUCGCCGGCUUGAAGCAAGCCAUGGCCGACCCCCGCGUCUACCUGUUGGCUUUCAUGCAGAAUAUGCACCUAAGUGCCUGUGGUUUCAACAACUUCUUUCCCACUGUCGUUGGAAGUCUCGGCUUUAGCAGCACAAUAACCUUGGUUUUGACAUGCCCUCCAUAUGUGUUCUCCGGCAUCUGCUGCAUCAUCGUUGGUAUCACCUCUGGUCGGUACAAUGAGCGGACAUGGCACAUUACAUUGGCAAUGGGUGUCGCCGUGAUAGGAUUUAUCAUAUCCUGCGUGACAUUGAAUAUCGGUGCAAGAUAUGUGGCUUGCUUCCUCUUUGCCAGUGGUGCAUACGCUGUCAAUUCAGUCAUUUUGGGCUGGGUCUCUGCUACACUAGGCCAGACGCCAGAGAAGAAAGCCGCUUCUAUUGGCUUUAUCAGCGUUGUGGCUAACGCAUCUUAUAUUUAUACGGCCUACCUCUACCCAAAAAGUGAUGGUCCUCGUUACUUGACUGGAAUGUCGGCGAACACGGCUUUUGGAAUUGCAACUAUUGGGAGUGCUUGGGCUUUGAGGUGGUAA